UCUUAGGAUUGAUAGCACGUUAAUUUGGCGACCUGGCUAACCGUGGGCGACCUCGCCCUCGGAACGCGCAUAGACGCGACCCUAUCGUCACCAGAAGCAGAUCGGCUAACCGGCGAGCAACCAAUAUGGUUGCCAAUGUGCAAAAUCCGGUUCCGCAACAAAAUGCUAAUCCACCUAAUCAACCUGCCCCACGUGCACGAGCUCCCAUGUCGCCACCAGAUUUCUAUCUAUUUGAUCCGACGCACCAUCUCGCAGGAGCAUGGCUGGCCACGCUUAGAGCACAGCAGUAUGAUGAUCACGAAGCACAGAUCAACAUUCCGGCUCGAACGGGAGGAGACGCUCAUCAUUGGUAUAGUACCUAUGUAUGGGUGGAUCUCCCUACCUUCGAACGGGAUUUCAUGAACCGAUUUGAUUAUAUUCACCCUGAGCAAGCAUUGUACAUGAUCAAGGACCGAGUGCAAAAAUCGCUCGAAUCCGUUGCAGAAUAUCGAAACCGGUUCUACAGGAUGUUCGUAAAAACUGAGCGAGGGACGCUCCGCAUGAUCUCCUGGGAUGAACCCGCAGAGGGAAAGUCAUCAACUGAUGAUGCGGAACGCAGUGACGAAGAUGAUCCGGAGAUCUUAAAAUUGUGGGUUCGGUGUCCGAUGGGGAUUUGCAAUGCGCCUGCCACUAUUCAGCGAGCGAUGAACAUGACGUUCCAGAACUUYGUCAACAAGACACGGCUGACGCAAGGGAUGAUUAACUUCUGUGUGAUCGUGUACAUGGACGACAUUCUGGUCUAUUCGGAGACCUAUCACGGGCACGCGCAACACAUCGAAUGGACAUUGGGCGCAUUGAGAGAUGCUGGGUUCAAGAUUGCGCUUGAGAAGAGCGAAUUUUUCCUCUCGGAAAUUUCGUUCUUAGGCUACGUCGUGACACGUGGAGGAUUGCGGCCAGACUCGAGAAAAGUUGCAGCGGUGAAGGAAGCCCCGGUUCCCACGUCACUGACGCAGGUUCGAGCCUUCUUGGGGCUGGCGUCGUACUACCGGCGCUUCAUUAAGGGCUUUGCCGCGAUUGCAAGACCACUAACGAAUCUGUUACGGAAGGACCAGCCUCUCAGCUGGGACGCGGAGUGACCAGCUGCAGCAAGCCCAAAUUAUCUUCCCUCCUGCCUACCGUCCUUCUAAUGCUGUGAAUCAG